GAAGAAAUUACAGCGUAUUGCUUCAGCUCGCGAGUGUCGUUUAAUUUUCGCCGCGUCCUUCCUUCCCGCCGGUGAAUACGUAGUAUUCUCACUACUGGCGCGGCGGAGAAACCGCAUCUCGAAGUGGCGGCGGCGGCGGCGGCGACGGCGACGGUGUAAUUUAAUUGAGCAUAGCGGAAACGCUUGGUCAUCACCAGCGCCCGGGGAGCCACGAGAAGAAGGAAGAUGAAAAAGGGUCGCCGCGAUAAGAUGCUCGCGCUGCGGCUCAGAUACGCCAUGGCUCAUUUAUCGCGCAAGGAGCACAUCGCGCUGUUGGCGCGUCCGAACUGGCGGCGACUUCGCAGAUUCGACGUCAACCUCGUGGCGGAUCCCUUUAGUGUUCGGCGCGCGGCCCUGCGGUGCCGCGCCUCCAAGCGCAUCCGGGUUAUGGCGCAGCCCAAAUUCGUAACCAAGAAAUACGAGGCCGCAGCGGCGCCGCCUCCUUACCCGCGUAUCCACCCGAAGACGCUCGCGGCCAAGAGCAGCAGACGCAUCGUCGAGCUGGCGUUGCCGCGGAAGAGGGAUCUGCUGGCAGCGAUGCAAUUGGCCCGUACGAAAAGCAUGAAGGCAACCGUGAGCGAUCUGCUGCUGAAGGUUCGAAAGUCACGGUACCAGCGGUAUCGCGUAUUCUGCAAUGCGCGUCAAGAACGAGAAGCCAAGAAAAAGAGGAGACUAAUGGCCAAGCUGCGCAAGGCGCUCACGAAGCCGGAAGACUGGCAACGGCACAUGCGGGUGUUGGAGAGACUCGCCGCGCCGAAGGUCGUGAGGCCCAAAAAGAAACCAACAAAGAAAAGAAAGUGGCGGCCGGUCGAUCCGAAGCGACUGGAGGCAUUGGCGCAGCCGACGGUCCGAGAGCAGCCGAAGGCCAAGGAACCUUUUGUGGUGGCGGCGAGCGCGCUCACUUACCAGAUCACCAAGCGCACGGAGAGACUCGCGAUCACGAGGAAGCGGCCGGAGAUCCCGUUGCGGGUACCUGGAGCCGUGACGCCGGCCGCGAUGCGAGCCACUGCUUCCGAGAGAAUAAUCGCUCUGGCGAAGCCGGUGUCGCGUCCGGUCGGCAAGGAGACGGAUCUCAGGGAGGACGCCUUCACCGUGUCGCCGAUGGCAUUAAAGGCGAGAUGCUCCAGGCGUAUCAAGCGGCUCGCCAAGCCGAAGAUCUACCCAAAGGCCACCUUCAAAAUGGCGAAACGGGUGCGCGCCGGCCGCAAACGGUGAUGCGACACGCUGCGGGGGGAGGGGGAGGGGCGGGGAGAGCCCGCACAGUCCGCGCCGUUAAUUUCGUUUGUCUUCCCGCACGCCGACACGCCGGCACGCAAAUCGGAAAACGUCCGUCGUUCCUCUCCGUGAUUCCACGUCGUCUCUCCUGCCCACCCCUCUCAAUCGCAUCGCCGUGACGCGCGCACACGUUGCGAUAUAUGAAAAACAAAAGUAUAUCCGUUUUGUGUACGCCGUAAUAAAUAUUUAGC